AUGGCGGCCCAACCUAACAAUGACUGCAAGUCCCCUCCUGUAUAUGAUCCCGAUCAGGCCAUGCGGCAAAGAUUCCAGGCUGCUGGCUAUCCCGCUCAGCACCCCGAGCAUCCCGAGAACCUCACACAACCUCAGCAAUCUCAACAUCCCGAGCUUCAGCACCAGCAGCACUCUCAGCAUCCUCAGCAGCCCCAGUAUCUUCAGCAAUCUCAGAAAAUUUGGCAAUCUGGGCAACUCCAGCAUCCUCAGCAUCCCCCGCAAUCUCGGCAAUCCCAGCAGCCUCCUCAACCUUCUCCUUCCGCUCAAGAGCACGCGCCGCUCUCUGCCAGUCCCCGGAAUACCUCCACUGAACGCAGCCCAGUAACUUUCGACCCGCCUGCAAGUCAAGAAACCCUUCGCAGACACCACAGAGAGGUGAUCCCCGGCUUGCCAAGGUCACAGACUCUGAAGCGUCAGCAGUCGGAGCGCAGAGAGCAUCUUACACCCGUAGAGAUGCCCCCAGAGGAGCGUCGUGCUGUCUCAUCCGAAAUAAGAUCCCCAUUCAGUCUCCUCACUGGUCGCAGCGAUGCCGCCCACUCCUUCGCCACCCCAAGCGCCUUUGACUCCGCAUAUGCCUGCUUCAGCGAUCUCGCCUUCUCAGCUACAUCCUCUCCUCGGCUCAUCGAAGAGGAGGAACCCAGAGAUUCGGAAGAGGAAGAGGAACCCCCAAGAAAAGCGCCCCAGUAUGUGCCUCCCCCAAGGCUUCAGCCGGGGGUCACUCUGAUCCCAGGCACUAAUCUGCCCGACACGACUGGCAUGCCUCGUGAGGAGUUUGACGCCCUCAUCCAAACUGAACUGGAGAAUGUCUGGAUCCUGAAUUUGAGCAUGCACUUUCGUGACCGUUCCAAAAGAGAAAAGUUCUUUCUCACGUAUCGCGAAAGGGAUACUCUGUGGCGCAGAGUCACCAUCUCGUUGGACUAUCGAAACGCACCACCAGACUCGCUGGAGGGGGAACUUUCCACUAUGACGCUGCAGAGGGACAAAAGCGCCAAAAUUUACGAGGCCAUCCGUGACAGCCUGCCAGAUAUUCAGUUUUAUGACACCGCCACAAAUCUUAAACUGCAGACGAGCGAGGGCCGCUUGCACGUGCAUGUGGUUGAAGAUGCCAAUGAAAAAAUUGACUAUCCUCGUGUUGAAACACUGCAGCAUCUCAACUGUUUGAUGGUCAAGGAGUGCGAUAUUGACUUUGAUGCUCACAUGUCCGGCUUUGUCUACAAAAUUCGCGUUGGCGACCAAGUCAUGGUAAAGAAGGAAGUCCCAGGAGCCGAAGUGGUCGAAGAGUUUCUCUACGAAAUCCACGCCCUCCACAGCUUGCAAGACUCCAAUCAUGUAAUUGGUUUCAGGGGACUCGUCACCGACGACGAUAAUGAGAUUGUCAAGGCUCUGCUUCUCGAUUACUGCCCCAAGGGGACCCUCAUGGACAGAAUUUAUGACGAUUGUAAGACGACUUAUCUCGGCAUCCCCUGGCGAAAGCGGGAACGAUGGGCUCGUCAGAUCAUUCAGGGUCUUGCUGAUCUUCACGAAUCCGGUUUCGUACAAGGAGACUUGACGCUCGCCAAUGUUGUACUUGAUGACAAGGAGAAUGCCAAAAUUAUCGACGUCAACCGCCGCGGCUGUCCUGUGGGAUGGGAACCUCCCGAGGCUAGGCCCCUUGUCGAUACAAACCAGCGUCUCUCGCUUUAUAUCGGCGUCAAAUCGGAUCUCUUCCAACUUGGAAUGGUUCUGUGGGCGUUGGCAAUGGAGGAGGAUGAGCCGGAAAUUCAGGGCAGGCCAUUGCUUCUUGGUCCCGAGGUUAACAUUCCUGAUUGGUAUAGACAAAUCACUGAGAUCUGUCUGAGCCAUGAUCCCAGAUCGCGGCUGAUGGCGUCUCAGCUCCUCACCAUGAUUCCAGACCCUUGCUUCGCUCCAGCUUACAGCCGCAUCGCUUCUCGUCCUGCCGUGGAGCGUAGCCAUUCUCCGCGUGAGCUGCCUGCAGAGAACAUCCCCACCGCUGCGCCUAACAGCGAGACCAAGAAUGAAGCAGCAUUCUUGCCACAGCGUGGCCGCUCACCUCCGAGCCCAAUGCCGAGUGACUCGUCUCGUCUGCAAAAGACAGGCUGGGCUGCAAACGCCCCCGUGGCAGCUUCUUAUGACGAUAUGGCCGCCAGAGCUAAGAGCUAUCUGGAUGCCAGUCGGAAUAGAAACUCGAUGCCAACCCCAGAAUCCGAAAAUCUCACCCAAAAGCAGCAGCGAACGAACCCAGCGCCGCCCAGGUCCCAUGAUACAGAACGCAGCCUUCUUGACAACGUUAGCAAAGGUUCCGCGACUCCGCCCGCAUCGUUUGCAACCAUGCCAACACCUCCAAAGCAACCUACGACGUACCUAAAUUCCACUGAUAGCGGUAUCUGUAUGCGGUCGCACAGCGAAGACGCUGUCGCUUACCCCAGCACCUCUCCCCAGUCCCAAGAGCUCACGAAGAGAAUCAAGGAUGAAUUGCUCGAAGACCUGGAGCGCAACGGAGCGGCGAGAUCGGCGCUGGAUGCGAUUUUUGGCCUGGGUCAGGAUGAUCGGGCUACCAUGUCUCAAAUCAGCGCGCACCCGGACAAUGUCUCUGCCAUCCGCCAACUCACUACGCAGCGGCCUGACAAUGCGUUCACUAUGCCUCAACCGCUUACUCGGAUGGACAGCAACCCCUCUACAAUACCAAUAUUCACUGCGCAGCGGGCCGACAAUCCCUCAAGUAUGCCUCAGCCCACUGCGCCGAUGGAUAGCAAUGCUUUGGCCAAUCCGCUCUUCGCGGUGCCACGGGCUGAGGAUGGUCACAAUAUGCCUCAUCCCACUGCGCGACAGGAAAGUAACACCACUGCCAUUCCAACAGUCAGUACGCAACAAAUGCACAAUGUCUACGAGAUGCCCCAUGCCACUACGCAGCCGGGCAACAAUGCUGCUGCCACUACCCGUAUCACUUCGCCACUAGACAAAUAUGACGCCGGCAUUCACCACGCCGCUGCGCAGCUGGAACAAAAUGUCGCCGCCCAUCGCCAAUUUGCUGCCCAGCUGAGUGCUGCCACACCCCAAUCUACUACGCAUCCAAACGACAAUACAUAUGCCACCGCUCAAAGAACGGCCCAAUUCGGCAGUGCCUCCAUCCCACGGACCACAACACAGCUAGACCGCAAUGUUUCCACAAUCCCCCAGACCAGCUCGCAACAAGAAAAGAACGCCGUUACCACGCGACGAACCCCAACGCAGCUGGAAACUACCUCUACCACUCCGCAGACCAGGGCGCAGCGAGAUGACAGCACAUGUGCCGCCCCCCAAACCGCGACGCAGCCAGGAAGCACAUCCGAUCUUGCCCAGACCAGUGCGCAGCUAGACGACAAUGCGAGCGUUGCAUCCUGCAUAUCACGCACAUCCAGUCCCGACGGCGACCUCGACGGCGGCGCUCAGCUCGGGCGCAGCGAAACUGCGUUCAGCGUCGUCGACACGCACUUUGCACGGCCCGAAUACCCAGCCCCCUCCCAAUUACCUCCAACGACCAUCAUUGAUACUCCGAUGAAAACUCUCAACCAAAGCCACCACCCGAUGCACACGCCCAACGGUACUACCCUGCCCACUCUGCGACCUGGACAGGGCAUCGCCGCCGCACCUCUCCUCGCCGAUCUCAACCCCGAUCUCAACCCCGAUAUCCAUUUUGACAGCGCCCUGUGGCCCGAUGCCACACGUCGCUUCAUGACUGGCGCAAAAUCUUGA